UUGAAGUUUAGCAACCGGCUAACUACCAACUUCUCAACGGCUGUUCUUGACUGCUGUCGCCUACAAUUUCAGAAUGCUUGACGGGCUUUGUAUAGAUGGCGGAGAGCAAUGACUGAGGAGUUUGAUGAAGAUGUGGUGUUUGAGAACUCGCCUCUUUUCCAGUACCUGCAUGAUUUAGGACACACAGACUUUGAGGCAUGUCCAACGGCAUCACAGGACGAGGACUAUGGCGGACAAGAGGGAGACGCUGCAUCUCUUGAUGAAGCUUCACAGAAAACUAAAGGAGGACGUUUGUGGAGACUGGCUGAAGCCCUGUGGAGAUGGAGUCCGAUUCACCAGGCGGCUGCAUCUAAUAAGCUGGGGCAGCAGCUGGACUGCGUGUUCGGCCAGUACUCGGUGAGGUGCAUUCUGGAUCAGGAUGUGCUGCUGCAGGAAGAUGUGGAGCUGAUCGAGCUGUUAGACCCGAGUCUGCUCACCCUCGGAUCGUCUCCCUCAACCUCGUCCAGCCGAGCAAACACCUUGCCAAAACCAAGCCUCAUAGCCAAGCCCUCACUAUGGGACAUGGCUGGUCUGGUUGGCCUGGCUGCAGUCCUGCUGGGUCUCUGCUCCGCCUCUGACAGCCUGUGGUCACUGGCAGCAGCUCCUUGGGGCCUAGCACUGCUGGGCUGGGUGGGGCUGCGGGGGUUCAUGCUGUGGAGACUCGGCCGCAUGCAGAGAGCCGUCCACGCACGGGCCACACAGCUCCAGACUCUGGUCCACAACAGCAAGACUCUGACGGGACUGUCUCGCAAAGCCCUACGCCUGGUUCAGGAGACCGAGGUCAUCUCCAGAGGGUUCACCCUUUUGCUCGACAGGGUGAGUGCGGCCAGCUCCUUUAGCAGGGCGGGGCCAGGGGCAAUGCCGAGGGGCCAGCAGCUCAUCGGACUGAGGAAAGCACUGUACCGGGCACUCCGAUCGGCCUUUAGAGCCUCACGUAGAGCGACUUGUCACAUGCUCAAGGCGUUCCCGCUGAACUCUGAGAUUGAUAAUGUGACCAACUACGUGUCUGCGGUGCCCCUAAAAGAACUUGGGCUCGGCCUUGGUAUCGAACACCUUGGGGAUGAGCAGGCUCAAGAGCUGACGGACGACUACAGUCUGCCUGCCCUGAAGAUGCUGUUUCAGCUGUGGGUGGGACAAAGCUCUGAAUGUUUCCGUAGACUUGCUCUUCUCCUGUCGCCCCAAAGAAUAGAGGAUUUAAAGGAGGAGAGUACCAAAGGAGAAACUUCCCUCCCAACUUCUUCUGCUCCUCCUUCUCCUCCUCCUCCUCCUCCUCCCCCUUCUCCACCUUCUCUUCCCCUGCUCCAUCGGUCCAUUGCUGCGGUGACCGAGCCCCUCCAUCAUGCCCUUGCUACCUGCCUAGGGGAGGUGCAGCGCAGCUACGACUUCCACCGACACUUUGAGACCCAGCUGAGGGCGGCAGGCUCAGACAGGAUGGGCAGAGUCAGGGAGAAAUGCCGAGAGCUCAACACCCUGCACACCUCCAUCAGGAGUCUGCAGCUGCACCUCAAGGCCCUCCUCAGCGAAAUGAUCAUCCUGGAAGAUGACCUGGAGAAGCUGAUGGUGGCCAAAGAACCGACAGAGCUGUCGUUCGAGGGCUACCAAGAGCUCAGUGACCGCCUACACCAGCUGCAGCCUCACAUGCAGGCCAGCACUGGCUGCUGGGAGGACACAAUCAGCCAGGUGGAGCGCAUGUUGAGACGGGCCAAUGCCUGUCCAGGUAACGCUGAGGCUCUGGAGCACUGUGGACCCUCGUUACAGGAGAUUCCUGCUCCUCCAUCUUACCCGCUGAUCCUGGACCAAGAUCCAGUGCCAGAGGAGCUGGAGUGGGAGGCUUACGUGUCCGACUCAGACUCUGACGGUGAAGGUAGAGAUUCCUGGUCAGACAUGUUAUCACCGGAGGAACGGGAGCGUCAGCGGCGGGAGAGGGAGGAGUCCCGCCGUGUCCUGUCUGAGCUGAAAGCUGUGCUGGGCUUCCGCGCUUCAGAGGGGGAGAGGAUGAAGAGGAAGCAGCUGCUCUUCAACGACCAAGCUGCUGUAGCACCCUCAGCCUGCUGUGAGGCUUCAGAUUCCACCACAUCAGACGCCGUGACCUCUCUGAGAUCAGUAGAAACCUGUGACGAUGAAGGAAACCACCUCUCAGAGCGGCCCGCAGGAAGAGACGGGGAGGAAGAGGAAGGAAGAGACGGCAGGGUGAGGCCUGACCCCACUGCUGAGCCGCUGACAGAGUUCAGCUGCGGCUCCGAGGCAAAGGAAGGGGAUCUAGGAGGAGCGUCUGUCUGCACACGAGGAGGAGGAGGAGCGUCAGAGCUGCAUCAGUACGACGGCGUCCCGGAGGAGGGCGAGGGGCAGAACGGUUUGGACUGCUUCAUCACGCCCAAAAUCCCUGCUGUCUCUGUGAUGGACAGACUGACAGAGAUCCACGGCUCAGCGGCUCUCAGCUUCAGCUCGGCCAUCGCUGCACAGGUGGCGGCACGCUCACACUCGCUCAUCAACAUGGAGGAGCAGACGUUUGGAGAUGAAGAAGAUGAAGAAGAAGAGGAGGGAGAGGAGAGGGACAGACAAAGCCUUGAAAAGGACUGAAAUAAAACCUCGCUGCUGUAACGAAUCACUGAGCAGAGACUGUAUUUAUGUCUGAUGUCUGGGCAUCUGUAUCGAUGGGUCUCGUGUUACAUCUUUAAUGUUUCUCAGAAAUGUAUGCCAAUCUCCGUCGCCCAUCCGUCCACGUUACUGUUCAUCACCCACGAUUCUUACUGCUCUUUAGCUGUUCAAACUCAGGUACCAGAACCACUAAAGCAACAUCUGGCCUUACAGUGUUUGGGUCAGAAAACCAGAAUGUCUGCAGUGUACUCGGUGACAUCCACAUAGUGUUUAUCGUUCACAAUCGUCCAACAUGUGUGGAAACAAAGAUUGUAAGAAAAUAAAAAUGAGCAUCAUUCAUAGAAAAAUAGAAGAGAAACGUUUGUAAUGACAGUCAUUUUCAUGAAUCACUGUGAUCAAAACACUCCAACAUUAGUCAAUGUGAGUUCAGGGGUGGAGAUAGAGAUAUUAAACAGAUGUGUUCAGACAGAAUCACAAAAUGUAUCAAUUAAGAUGUCAACCUUAAGGGUGGUAAAUUUGCAGGAAGAUCUGUCUGCAUGUUUUUAUCUGUAGCAACAAAUUUAAACUUACAGAUGAUUAAAUUCUACAGAGGUCAACGAGAAAAGACGAAAAGUGAGUGUUUAUUAUUCAGUUUGUAAGAAUGAAAAAAUAACAAACAAAAAACAGCCCAAAAGCAAAAAUAAUGUUCAAAAAAUAUUUGGUAAAGGAAUUUAAAAUUGAUGUUUUUUAUUUUUAUCUUUUUUUUUCUUUUUAAUUUUUUGACUUUUUCUAUUAAAAACACUGAGACUAAUUAAUCUGUGAUCAUAUUAGUUGGAAAGGUUGUCAAAAUGUUUGAUACUUUGAAAAUUUUGUUAUCAGCCUUGUUUUAAAAAUAUAUAAUCUCCUAUAUUUAAACUAAUGAUGGUAACAAAAAAUUCAAAGAAUUAUCUCUUUCAUGAGACGGGUGCUUAGCUACAAAGGCCUAUUAGAGUCACUUUUAAAAAGAAAAAUAAUAAAGAUCAGUUAAUUGAACACUGGAUAAGCUAAAAAAUUCUGUGUUUUUAUUCUAGUAAUCAACACAAUAAAAACCAAAACAUUUUGAGUUUUUUUCUUGUAUGCUUACAACUUAACUCCAAAAUUCAGAGCCUGGUUUUCAGUAAAUUUAAAACUUUAAAAUCUCAAAAAAUUCAUUUUUUUUUCUUGUUAAUAGACAACUUGAUAAGAUCACAAAUUCUCAUAAAUUUUCAACUCAAACUUAAAGCUUAACAACUUGGAAAUUCAAAGUUUGUUUUCUCAUAUUUUUACAACUUUACAAUCUUAAAAAUUUCAAUUUUUUUCUUGUAAAUUGAAAACUUGAUAAGUGCUCACAAUGUACACAGUUUAAAUCCAAGAAUUUUGAGGGGUUUUUUUCUUGUAAAGUUCAGUCUUUAUUAACAUUGGAAUUCUGAGUUUGGUUUAAACUUGGUAAGCUGAACAAUUGAGAAUUUUAGUUUGGUGAUCAUUUCGGUUUUUUUUUUUUAAUGUAUGGAAACAUAGAAUUCCAAUUUCAAUUUUAGACCUACUAUUCAAUUAACUUGGAAAUUUUGAACUCAGUUUUUGCUUAUAUUUAUGACUUCAAAUCUAAAAAUUUAGAAUUUUUUUAAUGAAUGGAUCCUUUUUUUACACCAUACUAAAGAGAGGAAUUAAUCUUUUAUUAGUUAAAGGUAAAAUCUUACACUGUAUUAGGCAGUGUGCAAUUUUUGAUAACUGAAAACUACAAAAUUAAAAAUAUUUGGUGCCUGAGACUUCUGUUUUUGAUGCCAUAGUAUCAAUUCAGAUUUUUAUAUUGAGCAAUUUGAAUUGUAUCAUACUUUAAAGUGUAAAACUCUGGUGACUUGACAAUCCUGAUAUUCUCCUUAUAUUUGGUGAUUAGAAGACAUUUUUUUAAACUUGAGCUAUGCUAGCCAGCUACAUGUAGCAAAGUUCUCCCUGAGCAAAAAUGACCCAUUUUUAGAGAGUUGGUAACCAACUAACCCCAAGGAAUUGUUAUUUAUCAGGAUUAAAAUAGUUGAAAUUGAACCUAGCUGCACUUCUUAGAUAAAUGAUUGUUGCUCUCUGAUGUUAUUGUUGGUUUCUUUGAAGAUUUUUGGCCAAUCCACCAUAAAUCUGCUGUUGAUUCUGUCUGAACACGUCCCUGGUGGAAGGCCAAACUCAGCUGAGAUUAAUCCUGACAGACAGAUAUGUAAGCCCACAACUGUGGAAGAAGAAGUAAAAAUUCUAUUUUUACUAUGAGUGCUUUAUUUUUGUCCAUCCAUCCCUGCUGUGUGACUGGACGUAGCAAGGGUUCACGAUGACACAGGGGUGAAAUUUCAUUCAUUAUUUGAGCUAAGACAUUACUGUAUUAAGUGUGAAGAGAUGCUGUUUUAAGAGUGUGAUUACACAUGGACAGAUCAAGAGGACUUGUUACUGAUUCGACACUUUAUUGAAUGAAUUGUGUGGCAUGAAUUCACUGAACUGUGCUGCUGUGAGGUUAAAAAAAAAAUCAAAUACUUGUACGGGUUUAGAAUAAAAAGAAGAGGUCUUCUCUCACGUGAGGGCAAUCUUAAACUCUCUGUUUCAUAUGAAGUUGCCAUAAUAGCCCUGAUGUAUGCCUCUGCCCUGUCCUCCACCUCUCCAGUCUCUCUUUGUCACCAUGUCUGCCUUGUCCUGACCCCUCCUGCACCCUCUCUCUGGGGAUGAGGUCCCCCCCUCCUGCAUUUUCCAAACGUGAAAUAAAAUACCA